CUUCUACGCUUUACAAUCCCAUCAUAAGCUCGAUCCAUCAGCUAGCCAGCCUUCCCAACAAGCCUUCAGCCGAUUAGUUCAGCUAAUCCUACACAAGACAUAUCGAAAUGGCUUCUCUUCUGCCAAGCCCGUCGAUGCUGAUUUGUCUCCUGCUGGCGGCCACCGUGGCAGCAGCGGCGAUGACGACGACCCAACAACUGGAUGAAGCGGGUGGCGGCGGAGGAGGGAACCCGACGGCGGGGUUCGUGAAGGUAGAUCUCACCGCCGGGAACUUCCAGGUGCAGAGCCCCUACAACGUGCCGGAGAGCCAGCGGUACAGCUAUCGCGACGGUGUCCGGCAGUUCUGGGUGCGCGAAACCGACAAGCCCUUCAACACCGCCACUCACACCAACCCCCGCACUGAAGUCAGGCUCAGGGGUCACGACUACUCGAAGGGGGUGUGGCAGUUCGAGGGCUACGGCUACGUCCCUUCCGGCACGUCGGGCGUGUCGGUGAUGCAGAUCCACUGCGAGGAAGGCGCGGCGCACGCGACGAUCCUGAUGCUGCACGUCUACGACGGCGUGCUCCGGUUCUACGACGGGCAGGCCGUGGAGAAGGACAUUUACGACCGGUGGUUCCGGCUGAACGUCGUGCACGACGCCGACAGGUCCGCCGUCACCGUGUACGUUGACGGGGAGCGGAGGUUCGCCGCCGGCGUGAUUCCCAGCCGCUCCUACUACUUCAAGUUCGGGGUCUACAUGCAGCACCGUGACCAGUCGCCGUGCAUGGAGUCGCGCUGGACCAACGUCACCGUCCUCACCAAGGCUUAGUCCGUCGCCUUCAUUUCGUGUGUGUACAUAUGUACAUCCAUGGGCGUAGAUUGUAUACAUAUUCUUUUCUUCUUUGUUCUGCUAUGACGCGACGAACAUAUUUUGAUGUUUUGUGUAUUAUAAAUUUAUAUUGUAUAAUCAUACCGAGAGUCAUGAAUAAAUUAUUGUGCCGCGAUUGUU